AUGACCCAGACCCUCAACGAGAGGGAGGAUCGUCUGAACGCGGGCGGUGGCUGGGCAUCCUCGACGCCGUUACGCACCUGGUCUUCCUGCCACCGAAGGCGCAGAGGUGCUCCGAUUUACAAGCGACGCCACCGCUACGGCCCCAAGGCCGAAUAUGAGCCCCCGAGGAAACAGCCGAAGCAACAGCACCGGCCGGGCCCUUGGUUUCAGCCACCCCCACGGCCUUAUUGGGCUGUGUACUCUAACUGGGGCCUCUGGGGAGGGCCCUGGUGCCUCCCUCCGACGGGAUUCCGGAAGCCCCCCUGCCGGGUGCAAGUGAUCCGGGUGUACGGCCUGCACCCACUCUGCUUUUGCUGCUGCUCCUGCUGGCCCGGGCCCUGGAGCCCGGGCUGGGUGAGGCCCCCUGGCAGGAAGAAGCGUUGGGGCCGCCGGGGCCGGGGCCUGCGUCGCCCCCCUCGCAGGGCCUCGCCCAAGGGCCAGCCCGGGGAGCUGAACACCCUGCUGCGGCCGGUGAACCUGUACCGGUGGCGGGCGCCCGGCAUGCGGGCGCCGCGGAACACCACCCAGUUCAUCAUGAACCAGAUCUACGAGGACAUGCGGCAGCAGGAGAAGCUGGAGCGCCAGCAGGAGGCGCUGCGGGCGCAGCAGGCCCCGGCCAGCAGCCCGGCCUAUCCCGCGGCCUCCCCGGGAAACGACGCAGUCCCCCACGGCGAUGAAGAAGACGCGGGGCUGCAGGAUACUUUGUCCAGCUUUCUGCAGAAUCCCCUUCUAGUCUUCACUCCUGACCCCAACGAGGAAAAACAGUCUCCCACCCCACAGCUGUUGGAGCAAGAAGAGGAGAAAAAUGAGGAGGAGGGGGAGGAGUGUGACGAGGAGGAUUGUGAGGAGAAGGAAGAGGAGGCCGAGGAGGCUGAGGAUGAAGAGGAAGUUGAAGAGGCUGACUCUGUGGAGGACGAGGAGGAAGCAGAAGAGGAGGAGGAAAAAGAAGAGGAGGAGGAGGAAGAGGAGAGGCUGGAGGAGGUUGAGCAGAGAGAAGAAGAGAAUCAUUUGCCUCUGAAAAUGCCUUUAUCAAUCCUAGUGGGAGCCGAAGAAGAGAGAGAGAACUUUAUAGACUGUCCUUAUUUAAGCCCGAAACAGAUAAUUCCUGAAGUGCCCCAGGAAGCUCUCCUCAUGGUACAGGACUUUAACUGUUAG